UGUUUGUACUGAUCAGAUGCCACUGUCGAGGCUUCUCGUCUUCCUCCGCCGCCGCAUCACACGACGCUUCGGUUUAUUAGCUUCGCCACCGGAAACCCUCGCCGUCGGAUGCUCCACGAUGGCCUCCACCUGCGUCAACUCCGCUUGUCCUCUGACAGACUCCGCUUUCCUCGAUUUCGCCCCUUCUCGCUCCGCCUUCGGCUGGCUCAGCCCCCGGAUUUCCUUCAGCCGCGAAGACGCUGACCCCUCCGUGUCAGCCGACAAUGGGGAGUUAAGCCCGGAAUUAGCGCCCGAUUUCGAGUUCCGCCCGGAAGACCCCGUCGCGAUGUUGCCUGCUGACGAGCUCUUCUCCGACGGGAAGCUUGUUCCGCUCCAGAUCUCGGCGGCGCGGCCCCACGUGGAGGAGAUCCGAUCUCCUCAGGCGGAGCGGCCUCGUCGUGUGGCGGAUGUUCUCGGAUCCGAGUUUUGCGCGCAGUCGCCCAAGGCGCCGAGGUGUUCAAGCCGGUGGAGGGAGCUACUUGGUUUCAAGAAGUCGAAUAGCCCUAAGCCGGACAUUGAGAAGGCGGGGCAGGCCGCCCCUACUAGGAGCUCGCAUCUUAGCACCAAAUCGCUUCUCCAUCUCCUUCACCGCCAUCAGAAGCCCUCCGCUGCCGACUCCUCCAUCUCCACACCGCUUCUCCACGAAUCGGAGGCGGAGCCUGUUUCCAUAUCCACCCGCCGCUCACUCUCCUCUUCGUCCUCCUCCUCGGGCGCCGACCACGACGAGUUUCCGCGGCUCUCCCUCGACUUCGAAAAGCGAGUUCACGACCGGAUCUCCCUCGCCCGGGCAACGACCCCAGUGCGGGUGUCCCGGACAAGGGGCACCAGCUUGGCGAACAAUCACGCGGCAAGGACAGGCCGAAGUCCGGUAAGGCGUCGGGGGGAGGCGGCGCCUCCGUCGAGGGGAGUUUCUGUCGAUAGCCCGCGGAUGAACGCGUCUGGGAAGGUAGUCUUCCAGGCGCUAGAGCGGAGCUCGAGCAGCCCAGGCUGCUUUCCUGCCGCUGGCGUCAGUGGCCAUCACUUCCGCAGAAAGCCCUAUAGGGCGAUGGAGCGGUCUUACUCAGCCAAUGUCCGAAUCGCGCCUGUGCUCAACGUAAUCCCGGUUGGCUCGCUCCGAGUCUGUUCGUCGAAGCCUGGUUCCGUAUUUGGAUUCGGUCAGUUCUUCUCGCCCCACAAGAAAGAGAAGGACGUCUCCGCCCCGAGGUGGAAUCCUCACAGCAGCUUCAGCAGAAGCCAUACCGUCGCCAAAGCCUGAACUGAAUCAAACUUGAGGUAACAAAAUGCUACUUUUUAGUAUAAAAGUUGAUUCUGCUUUGCUUGUUCAAAUUUCGCCUUGUAUAAUUCCAGAUCUAUUAUUGUUUGAUUCGAUGCUUUAGCUUUCUUAAUCUUUCAAAUUUUGAUCUUGGAAAUGGUCCUGAUCUUUGUUCUUUGGCCGAUUUCUAAAAGAAUUCUUUACGCAAUUUGUUUGUGGCUACUGUUUCCACGUGACAAUGUCCAGUCUGCUAUGCCGACAUACUACAUUCCGCGGUGGUAUAGAUGUGAGCAUGGAGCAAGAAGUAUCGAAUUAGAAAGUGGAGAACUCAUUCCCUAAAAUUGAGGGAUUUUAAAGGUUCCACAGAACAGUUAAGUUUAGAAACAAGUCAUAUGUGCACUAUUUUAGUUAUGUUAAUUCUUUUUAAACUGAAAAUUUUCUAUUUUGAUUUUUUUUAAAAAAAAGGUCAUAAAAAUUUUGCAAAAAAACUCAUAUCAUCAAUCUCUUCAAAAGAACAAUUAUGUUUUGAUCUUGGAAUUGGGCCGGAUAUGCUUUGUUCUUUGGACAAUUUCUAACAGAAUUCUUUGCACAACCUUUUUGUGGCUACUAUUUCCACGUGAUAAUAUCCCGUCUCUGCUGUACCGGCAUAUUACAUUCCGCAGUGCGGCAGUGGUAUAGUUUUUUCUACGCCGAUUUCAAACUUGAAGAUAUCAUCUUUUUUUUAUGUGAGAAUAAAUGGAUGAAUUGCAUGUGUAGAUGAAGUCAAAGUUGGAUCACUACUGUAGUGGGUCUUGUUCUCGGUAUUUGUAGCACCUGUACGCAGGUUUUUAACUGACAGACCUGCCCGCCCUUGUUUCUGGGCGCAGAGAUUCCCUUCUCCACUUAUUUUAUUUGCUCAUCGUUUGGAUUCAUCCGUUUAUUUUCAUAUAAAAAAAAAGAUAUCUUCAAGUUUGAAAUUGUUGUAGAAAAAGGUAUACGCAGAAUGUAAUGUGUCGGCACAGCAGACUGGAUAUUAUCACGUGGAAACAGUAGCCACAAACAGGUUGUAUAAAGAAUUCUGUUAUAAAUCGCCCAAAAACAAAGCAUAUCAGGACCAAUUCCAAGAUCAAAACAUGAUUGUUUUUUUAAAAGAUUGAUGAUAUGAGUUUUUUUGUAAAAUUUUUAUGAUCUUUUUUAAGAAAUUCAAAAUAGAAAAUUUUCAGUUUAAAAAGACUUAACAUAAUUAAAAUAGUGCACAUGACUUAUUUCUGAACUUGAACUGUUCUGUGGAAUCUUUAGAAUUGCUCAAUUUUGGAGAAUGAGUUCUUUUCUAAUUCUUAUGAUACUUCUUGCUCCAUGUUCACAUCUAUUAUGUCCAUCUGUACCAAAAAUUAUAGACAAUCUUGUACACCAGGGCAACUAUCGGUGUACAUCUGGGCACCAUCUUAAGUUGCAUAGUCAUUUGGUAGAGAGACAGCUUCUGAUAUUUAGAUGUUAUGAACCACUGCACUUGGAACCAGGGUUGCCUAGUUUCAGAAUGCCACUUCAUGUCUAUUGUAUCAAAAGGGUGGCAAGUCUGUUUUGUCUAGUUUUGAUAACAUGUCGAUAUGUUUCUUUAAUAAUUAAUGAUUUUGCAAAGCAACAUCCACUAAAUAUAGAGAUAUCAUGGUUCACCAUUCUUGUUCAAGUGAGAGGAGCACCCUAGCUUUAUCAGCUAGCUAACAUCAUCACUUACUAACUUAGAUGAAACCAAUAAAGUCUUUAUAAUUUUUUGUUCUAAAAGGUGUUCCAAAAUCUUUUUUUAAUAAUGCCUUUGACUGUGAUUUCUCCUUCUAAAUAGCAUAACUUGCGACAAGAUUGAGGGCUAAAAAUACAUUUUUGCUACCCAAAAACUGAGAAUGUUGAUCUUGGGAUGUUUUACAGCUAAACUUAAUAUGAUUUGUGAUUAUCACAGGGGCUAGUCUAUUCGUAAAUCAGUUUGCUCUUUGGAAAAUGUGUCACGAAUUGAUUUACAAAUGUACUUGUAGUAAAACUAUUGAAAUUUAAAAUGUUGAAUUUGAGGUGUCCUAAUAUUAAACAUAGAAGAAAUUUAUGAUUUUUACUAUA